AUGGCACGCGAGCUCCUGCGCUACCGCCCCGUGGACGACCUCUACCAGGACUGGCUGGACCACAUCGCCAAGCUCGUUGAUGAUCCUUUCUGGAACAAGAAACUCCAGGAUAAACUGGUCAAGAAGGCCAGGGGAAAGACCAAGGCUCCCAAGAAACCCGCCAAGAAGAAAACAGACACAACAGAGCUAUUUGCACUGAACGAUGAUGAGUCAGAGGUAGAACUUGAUUCCCUUGGCUCCUUUUUUGUACAUCUUAUUGAUGUUGACCCCUCUCAGGAUGACACGGAGACCAGCCAAGCAGAUGCUGAAGAGGAUGCUUUAACUCAGGAUGAGUCCCAGGUGGUCGAUUUAAAGACCAGGCCUGAGCAACAAGAGGCUGAGACAUGCGAAGCUGACUCCUAG